AUCAUCCUGCAUUUGUUUGGUGACAUUUGGAUGAGUUGGCAGUCAUCAGAGGAGAGUCCUUUCCACCCUCUUCUGGAGAACAGGCAAAAAACAAGAUGAAGGGCAUUCUUAAAGGCAAAACCACAAAGGGGAAGUCCCUGCCUAAGGUGGAAGCGCAGAGUCACUCUAUCGGAGCAGUGCGCUGGCCAUUCCCAGAUGAAGCUGUGCAGGUUCACAGCUCAGCUCCCAGUGGUCUGUAUAAGAGCUGCAAUGUCUACUCCACACGCUCACAGCAAAAGCAUCAUCAGCAGAGUCUAAAGGAUCUGCGUAGUCUGCAGGAGUGUGUGAGAUUCCUCAACCACUGGAAAGUACAAGUGGCACAAGUGUGUAAGAAGGAGAGCGAUCCAGACGAGAGCAGCAGCAGGUGGCUGUGUGGUGGUUCGGAUCAACCCGAAGACCCCUGUGCCGAGCGCAGUCUGGAGGAGAGCCGGAAGCUCAUUCUGCAGUGGGCUGAUGAACUCAACAGCGUUGACAUGCUGUCUAAAGAGAACCCCUGGCUGCAGGACAGAUUCAAACACAGUGAGGCCGAUGAGCAGAGAAAGGACAGCCAGAAUGAGCUGGUGGAGCAGAGGGUCAUGGAGUGGGCCAAGGAGCUUCAGAGCGUUUCAGAGAGCUGUGGCAUGCUGGGAGAGGAACUGACACAGACGCUUCGACUUCUUGGCCUCAGGAAGAAGAGGCUUGUUUCACUGAUGCCCCUACUGGAGUUCAUUACCUGGUCCUUACUGAAGGAAGACAGCAAGAAUAUGGUUUCACAGCUCUGGCUUCCUGCCAAGCAGCGCUCUUGGAAAGCAGGAACACCACAAUACAUCCCUAACUCAGUGUGGAACUGGAUCACCAGUGCAGCAGUUGACGUCUCACUGGACCCUAUGACUAAUCAUCCAUGGCUGCAAAUCUCCGAUGACCAGAAGCAGGUUCAAGAAAGCCUGUGGGAGGUUGACGUAGCCUACACCCCCCAGCGCUUCGACGGCUGGCCGUGCGUGCUGGGUUGGCAGGGCUAUGCGGGCGGGCGUUGCUACUGGGAGGUGGAUUUGUCCAACAACAGCCACUGGCGAGUAGGGGUCACCACCGGUUCCUCGGAGAGACAAGGGCGCUUUCCCAUGAAGCCUUCCAGUAGCUACUGGACACUGUGGCGCAGCACGAGGCAGUUCUACGCCUGCACGGAGCCAGAGACGGCCCUGCCCCUCACUCUUGUGCCCAGGAAGUUGGGCAUUUACCUCGAUUAUGAGGAGGGCCAGAUCUCCUUCUACAAUGUGAAGAACAAAUUGCACAUUUUCACCUUCACGGGGAACUUCCGUGGAAAGCUGUAUCCUCUAUUUGCCCCUCUGGAUGGAAAGACUCUUAUCACUGUAUCCUCUCCUAAAAAUGCUAGCCCUUUAUAA